GCAUAUAUGCAUAGACAAGCAUAUAGAUUUUUCUUUUAGCUUUCCAAUAAAUUUAUUUUUAAGAAUUUAACAGUGUUAACCGCAUACACUUAUGUAUGUAUUAUAAAUCAAAUAUACGAUUCGAAAGAUUCCGCGAGAACAUCGUAAAUUGCAAUAUUGAAAUUUUAUGGAAACAAAAUAUCGCCGCUGUGAGACGAUGCUUUUGUGAAUGAAGCGCUUUCUCUCUUUCUCUUUCUCUUUCUCUCUCUCUCUCUCUCGCUCUCUCUCUCUCUCUCUCUCUCUCUCUCUCUCUCUCUCUCUUUCUCUCUAUCUAUCUAUCUAUCUUUUCAUUUAUUUUUUCUUAGGACGUCACACAUGAUAUGGCCAAAAAUUUGAUGUCACUCUAAAAACAUUUCGUUCGAAGCGCGUCGCAUAAUGCCAACUAAUGUUCCACAUACGUAAUAUCGAUCGAUCGUAUCUGACCGUCUAGCUCUGACCUCGAUGCUUAACUUUAUUCAGCAUUGAUUAUUUUUGUCUCUUCGGAAGAAUAGUAAAACCGCAUAAUUAUGCGUAGUGCAACCAUAAGUACUGGUUAACGACCGUAAAAUCAUAUAACGUCUAGGCAUAAUGCUAAAACGUAAUGUUUAUUUGUAACUCGACACGUGAAAGGAUGUCAAAAAAAUUAUUUAUGAUCGGCGAUUGAUUUAUGAUUAUCGAACUUUGAGACAAAUAAUGCUCCUUCGACAGGACUCCUCCGUUUUUCUCAUUAUCUCUAAGCCAAUUGAAAUAUAAUUAUUGCUGGAAAAAAUAUUUUUGUUUCUAUAUCUCAUCUUUAACGCAGUCAUGUUUUGAGAAUGAUUUCAACUAUCGAAGAAAUAAGGAACACGUGACUUUUGAUAAUUCGAAGUUAGCAAGUGAUCGAUGGAAGAAUGUUUAAAUCGUAUCCUUUUCUUUCUCGAAAAGUUUCAACGUAGUAGAAAGUUCGUAAUUCUUAAGGAAAUUAGUAAGAUGACGCAGUACAGUAGCAGUGGAAGUAGCAGUAGCACAAGUAGCAAUGGCCAUCGUGAUUUUAAAGAUCGAUCAUCGAAAGCGAUCGAAGAAAAAUUAAGGGUCGCUGUACGUAUAAGGCCCCUCACACCAGGCGAAACCUGUGGUAGAACUCUUCAUGCUAUUAACGAUAAGAUGGUUAUGCUAGAAGAAGUGAUCGGUGAGAAGUCAAAACGUUCUUUUCCACGACAAUAUCUUUAUGACAUUGUUUUUGGCGAAGAUGCAACACAGGAAAUCGUAUACGAAGGUACAACGAAAAAUUUAGUCCAAGAUGUUCUCAAUGGUUACAAUGCUACGGUCUUUGCGUAUGGAGCUACGGGAGCUGGAAAAACGCACACCAUGGUUGGGACCUCGUCCGAUCCAGGGAUCAUGGUUCGAGCUUUGAACGACAUUUUUCUAACGACCCAGAAACUAAUGAACAACGUAGAAUUUACUGUUACUAUGUCAUACGUAGAGAUAUACAAUGAGAACAUCCGCGAUCUGUUGAACCCUACCACAGGAUAUUUGGAGUUGCGUGAGGAUUCUCGAGGUCGCAACGUUCAAGUUUCGGGUCUUACGGAAGUGUCUACUAAUUCGACCGAGGAAGUCAUGCAACUCCUUCACAAAGGCAAUAAAGCAAGAAUGGUAGAGCCGACGGCUGCAAACGAAACCUCUUCGAGGAGUCACGCUCUCCUUAGUGUCACAGUCAGACAAUCCUCUUCUCCUGUUAAAGAGUCCGGGCAACGUCUUCGCACGAAAUUGAAGCAGGGUAGACUCUUCAUGAUAGAUCUCGCUGGUUCGGAGAGAGCCAAACAAACUCAGAACAAAGGUAAACGUCUUCAAGAGGGUGCGCAUAUUAACAGAUCAUUAUUGGCACUGAGCAACUGCAUCAAGGCAUUAUCCGGUGGAGCGAGAUUCGUGAAUUAUCGUGACUCCAAAUUGACCAGAUUGCUUAAAGAAGCUCUCGGUGGUAACUGUCGUACCGUUAUGAUAGCUCAUGUUUCACCAGCGAACGUGCACCGCGAUGAGAGUAAAAACACUUUGAAUUAUGCGGAUCGAGCGAACAAGAUUUCGAACAAGGUAGAAAGAAAUGUUCUUGACGUUAGUUAUCUUCACGUUGCCCAAUAUCAGGACAUAAUCAGUGAUCUGAAGAGCGAGAUAUCGCGUCUGCGUAAUAAAAUGAAGGAAGAUAGGCCUUCGGAUAAAUAUGAGGAGAAGGAGCAAGACGGUCAUGGUUCAGAUUUCAGAUCUUUGAGAGAGAAAAUUGUAUCCGCUUUUAAAGAACAAAUGCGCUUGAGGAAGAAACUUAUGGAACUGGAUAGUCAUCUCCUGGGAUUAAAUAUCGCUGCGGAGCAACAGCAUUCGAUAAUCUCUCAGUGGGAAUCGAGGAACAAUAGAGUAUAUGGGUCGAAUAGAGAUUCGGUAAAUCGUCGUCCUGGAACGGAUUAUCAAGUGGAAGAAGUCGAUGACAUAGAUCUUCUAGAGGAUAUUGAUUUCGAAGAUGAUUCAUUGGUACAGCAGGCUUGGGCGGAAUUGGCAGAGAUUUCGAAGGAACAGGAAAGGUACGUUGAAAUGCGCGCCGCUACGGAAAAGGAGCUAGAGGCUUGUAGGAAACGAAGUGCCGCGCUAGAAGACGAACUUCCAUCCCGUAUAAAUUCGGACGAAGAACGUGAGCUUUUAGCAUUGAUGUUAAGAGUCCACGAACUGGAAGCAGACAAAAUGAUGCUUCAGAGCGAGAGACUCGUGAAGCAACACGAACUUCGAAGACGAGAGCUUCUUCUUCUUCGUUAUGAUCGGCAAAGGCAAAUCUCUGAUGAGAUAAUCACAAGACAGAGACGAAUAAUGGAGGAUGGACGUCUGACUCUGCCACCGGAUUUACAAAAUCUUUAUGCGCUCUAUCAACAAGAGAUACAAGCUGCUACGUAUGUAGACAGUAAUCUGGCAGAUCUGACAUUCUCAUCCCUGGCAUUUGGAGCUAAACUUCCACCUAUAUCUAGUAGAUUGAGUUAUGACACUUUUAACAACGACAGCAGAAUACCAAGCAGUUCUACAGAUUCUGAUUGGGAUCAAUCGCCCUUACCACCGAUUCAAGAACCACCCGAUGUGGAAAGAGUAAUGGGUCCCGUAGUACAGCCUUUAAUCUCUCCAGCAGUUCUCUUCCCACCGAUUCCAUCCUCAAACUCGAGAAAUCAGAUUAGAAAACUCCGGCGCAUAGCCAGCGACGAUAGCAUGGAUUCUGUAAGAUUUUCACAAGGAAACAAUAUGCGAUAUAAUGCAUUAAGAAGAACGGACGAACGAGAAACGCCGAGCUGAGAUCGAACCUGGAUUUUUGAGACUUUCGACGUCUUUCACGCGCCGUAUUUUCAAAUUUACGGUGUUCCACGUGCUCAACAAUCGCCUCUUUGUCGUUUUGAUUGAUGAUUUGAUUAUUGGAUCUGAUACGACUGCUUUUCAAUCUUCUACGAAGUUUUCUAGGAUCGUUUUGAGGAUCGAUGAUCUCACGGAAGAUACUAAAAGCACGAAAUCUUUCCCGAGGAUUCAUGUUCGGCGAAUACGCUUGUUCCCAUAUUGACAAUGUCCAAUCAUUAAAUAUCUCCGAUGAUUUUCUACGAUACUUGCUCUCCGUGGAACGCUUAUGAUUUCUUGAUAAUUUGUUCUUGAACUCGUCUUUUUUAUCAUCGUUCGUUGUCUAAGAAAUGAUUGUUGAUCGACCGUUUAACUUAACAAUUAUAAAAGAUGAUAUUUUUCAUGAAUAGUAAUCUAGAAACGAGUUGGACAAUUCUAAUAUAUAAAGCGACUAUUAAAAGGAGAUACUCUCACUUUUUCAACGGAGGAAGAUGUAACUAAUUUAAUAGAAUCUUUCUCGUGUUUGUCAUCACGUACUACUUUCAAUUGAGGUAAUUCGAUCGUCUUGUCUUUGGUCAUCGAUGUGUAUGCCGUCGCGUUGUCCCUGUUAUUCGAUGAAAUCAACCAUUGUUCUAAGGUCGAAUUUUCAAUAUUCCACAUAUUCAAUAACAUAUUCCAAUCUUUUUUUCUGUCUUUCCAAUAUGUUAUGGUUUGACCGAAUAUCAAAUUGCCGACACAUAACGUACAACGACCGAAGAACUACACUAUCGAAGUAAAUCGAUUGCCAAUUAAAUUGAGCGAUAAUAUAGAAAUAAAAUGAUAGGUGGUUAUAUAAUUUGCAUAUAGAGACGUUAAGCCAAAAGC